AUGGAGCGCCGGCACGCCAUCGAUCAAACGAGGAAUUCAAUCACGGCCGCCUCUCUGUCAGCGCUGUCGCGUCGACAGCGGGCCGACCUGAGUGGCCGCACCGAUGGCGUGAUCGGCGUGCUGUUCGCCGGCAAGUGGUGCGGCCCCUGCGAGGAGUUUGUCCAGCUGCUGCGGCGCUGCUACGCCCAGGUGCGCGACAGCGGAGAGCAGUUCGAGGUGGUGUUCGUCUCUGCCGACAAGGACAGGGAGGAUUUCGAGCACCUCUCGGCCGACAUGCCCUGGUGGAGAAUCGACUUCGACGACUUCCCCAGCCUGAACAAAAUGCGCUGCCUUUUCAAAAUUCAAGACAUCCCCUGCCUGUCGCUGGUCGAUAUGGCGUCUGGGCAGACUAUCAUCUCGAACGCCUGCGAUCUCGUUCGAGAGCACCCAGACGGUCGUGGGUUUCCAUGGCGACCGCGCAGUUACGAGCAGCUCAUGGUGGACGGCCUUCUGGAUAAGGACGGCCAACUGUGCGACUACAGCCGAAUCCAGGGCGCAUUCAAGGCACUCUACUUCGCCGCCAACUGGUGUCCUCCAUGCAAGGCCUUCACUCCAGAACUCCGAGAAAUGGCCGGGAGGAUUUGCAGCCGAGGAUUGAAGUUCGAGGUCAUCCUCGUGUCUUCAGACAGGACGGCCGAGUCAUUCGAGCAGCACCGCGGCGCGGCGCCGUGGCUGGCGGUGCCGUACGCGCAGGCCGGCCGACGGCGCGAGCUGGCUGAGCGGUUUGGCGUGCAGGGCAUCCCCAGCCUGCUGGUGCUGGACCAGCACGACCGGCUGGUUUGUCGCAACGCCAGGGCGCACGUGGCCGAGGACCCCCUGGCGCAGUGUUGA